UCUCCAUAAUGAUUAUUACAUGUUUUUCUAUAAAUAAACACGCCUAUUGACUUUUUUUUUUCUCCAGUCAAAUUUCAUUAUUCAAGGUGUACGACUAUUGGAUCUUUUCUUUUUAUAAACCUCACUACCAUUCCUCAAUACUUUCACAAUACCCCCAAAUGGAGCCCUUACUCUUAUACUACUUAUUAUAUUGCUUUUCCCUCCUCGCCUUUCUCUACGUCCUCGUCCCCCUUUUCCUCCGAAAACUCAGCAAUCUUCCCCCGUCCCCUCCGAUUUCCCUCCCAAUCAUCGGCCAUCUCUACCUCCUCAACCCGCCUCUCCACCGUACCUUAUCCAAAAUAUCCCGCAAAUUCGGCCCCGUCUUGCUUCUACACUUCGGCUCCCGCCCUGUCCUCCUCGUCUCCUCCCCUUCCUCCGCCGAGGAAUGCCUAUCCACCAACGACGUGGCCUUCGCAGGCCGCCCUCGGCUCCUCGCCGGAAAGAUCCUCGGCUACGACUACACCACCCUCGUGUGGGCCCCUUACGGCGACUGGUGGCGUACUCUCCGGCGCGUGGCCACCACGCAGAUCCUCUCGGCCCACCGAAUCCGCUCGUUCGGGGACACGCGCGCCGACGAGAUCCGCCGCCUCGUCGGCCGUCUCUCGGCGGCGGCUCCGGCGGCGGAUGUGAGGACGGCCGUGUUCGAGAUGGUGCUCAAUGUCAUGAUGCGUAUGAUUGCUGGGAAAAGGUACUGUGAUGAUGGUUCGGGUGAUUUAUCGGGGGAAGCUAAGGAGUUUAAGGAGAUAUUGAGGGAGAUUUUUGAGGUGAGUGGGGCGACCAAUGUCGGUGAUUUCUUGCCGGUGUUGAAAUGGUUGGGUGUGAAUGGGUUGGAGAAGAGGCUGAAGAAGCUGCAGGUGAGGAGGGAUUGUUUCUUGCAGAAUUUGAUAGAUGAACGGAGGAGAAAGACGAAGAUUGUGAAAGGCCGGGAAAAGGACCUGACUUUGAUUGAUGUUCUUUUGGCCCAUCAAGAGACAGAUCCGGAGGUGUACACUGACGAAUACGUCAAAGGCACAAUUCAGGUGAUGCUAGCAGCUGGGACAGAUACUUCAGCAGUAACAAUCGAGUGGGCGAUGUCGCUUUUACUCAAUCAUUCAGAGGUUUUAAUCCGAGCACAAGCCGAAAUCGACUCCACAAUAGGACACUCUAGACUUGUCGACGACUCAGACCUACCAAAUCUACCUUAUCUCCACGCAAUCAUAAACGAAACCCUUCGUAUGUACCCGGCUGGUCCCCUGCUUGUCCCACAUGAGGCCUCAACCGAUUGUGCUGUCGGGGGAUAUCGGGUCCCACGAGGUACGAUGCUACUUGUGAACGUAUGGGCCAUACAGAAUGAUCCUAAUCUGUGGGACGAACCAAGAGCGUUUAAUCCCGACAGGUUUACGAAUAAUCUCCAAGGGCAAAAAAGGGAUGGAUUCAAGUUCAUGCCAUUUGGUUAUGGGAGAAGAGGGUGUCCGGGUGAGAAUCUCGCUAUGCAUGUCGUGGGCUUGGCACUCGCAUCCCUCAUUCAAUGCUUGGAGUGGGAAAGAGUUGGACCGGAGAAGGUGGAUAUGAACGAAGGUCGGGGACUCACAAUGCCUAAGGCUCAGCCACUCGUGGCGAAAUGUAGGUUGCGUCGUGAGAUGUGGGGACUAAUUGACAACUAUAAGUGUUGAACUAUUGUGUUUUUGAUUGCUUUUAUUUACGAAAAAUUCUACGGUCCCGUUACGCGUUAAGGGAACCAUCUCAUUACUUUUCAACCAACUAAAUUCUACUCACUUGUUUUGUCUAUAUAUAUAAUUGUUGGCAAACUUCAAUAAAUUUUAUUCAUCCAACAAUUAAUAAUAAUAUGAGUUCAUUUAAUUAAAAUAGGUGUUCAUUUAAUAAAAUAUAUUCACCAUUUAACAAAAAUAUGUAACUUUCAGUUACACAAUUUAUUUUCACAUGUCUAA